ACCUAAUCUAUUAGAUAUUUAAAUUUAAAUAGUGUAGUACCUUUACAAGUUAAAAAUGUAUAUAUUUCAGCAAACAAAUUUAGUUUUCAUAUAAUUAUAAUCUAACAUUACUAUCUCAAUAAAUUAAUUAUAUUUUUAUUUUAAGUAUUUUUACAAUUAUAUUUUUGUUAAUAAUGUCUAAUAACCAGGAGAAAUCAAACGUGUCACAAGAGGAAAUAUUACAUCAAUUUGUUAAUAGAAUAUUUAACAAUGAUCAAUUUCGUGAAAAAAUAAUGAUACCUACCGUAAUGGGACGACCUGUGUCAAAAACAAUGGAAGAAAAAACCUUAGAUAGAAUCACUGAAAGUUGUGCAUUUAAAUCUAUUCUCAGUGGAGUGAUGGGUAAUACGGAAUUGACUUUCAAGUAACCUAUUUUAAUAAUUUAUACAUAAUUAAAAAUAAUACAUUUGUCUACUCAAGAUACAAAUAUUUUAGCUGGGAAAAUUAUGAAAAUAAUAACUUAAGAACCACAAAAGUAAUUUUUAUUAACAAUACUGUUGUGGUAGAUUAUUUAAUUUGUAUUAUUUUCAUUUUUAUCUAUGAAAAAAUUAAUUAAUUUUAUACAAAUUAAAUAACUCACCUAAUUAUUUUUAGGUUUUGCCCUUGGUGGAGCUAUUGGCCUUUUUACUUCUAGUGUAAAUCCACAAAUAAAACCACCUGGACAGACGGAAACAGUUAAAGAAAUUAUUCGGGAAAUGAAAACUUCAUCUCUUGGCUAUGCGAAAAAUUUUGGAUUACUUGGAGCUGUAUUUUCAGGCAUUGAAUGUAUGGUAGAAACUGUAUGUAUUAAAAAUUGAAAAUUAUAUUGUUAUAAAAUCUAAAGCGUAUGUAUUAAUUUUUAAACUAAUUUUAUAGUAUAGAGGCCAGUCUGACUGGAAGAAUGGUACUUAUGCAGGUGGAAUAACUGGAGGUUUAAUAGGAUUCAGAGGUAAAAACUAAUUAAAUAUAUUUUAAGAUUUUUAAAAAAUAUUCUUAUAGAUAUACAUUAUAAAAAUAAUAUAAAUAUAUUUUUUAGCUGGAGCCAAAGCAGGUUUACUCGGUGCAUUAGGUUUUGCCACAUUUUCGACAGCAAUUGAUUACUACAUGCGUAACUCGUCAUAAAUAUUGUUUAAUAACUUAAUUGAUUUAUAAUUUAUGAUACUGAUGUAUAAUAUAGAGUCUAAGUAGUUUGUGUCAUUAAAAAGUAAAAUAUAAAUAUAAUUCCUAUAAUAUAACUUUAAUCAUUUUAAUUAAAUUCUAAGCACUUAAAAUGUUCAAACAAAUUUCAUUUAACAACUUUUUAAAUAAAGAUGGAUAAUACUUUACAGAGGUAAAGUUUCUUAAUAAAAAGUCCUAAAUACCAAUAACAAAACUGAAAAAUCGCACUAAGAAAUUCAAGCAAGUUGCCAAAUAAGUGUAUAGUAAAUAUAGUAAAAUAGUAAUCAAUCUAUAUUGAUAAAUAAAUAAAUAUAAUAAAUCAAUCAUUUAUCUACUCAAUUUCUUAAUU